AUGCAGCCGGGACUCGCGCUGCAGGCCAUGCUGUUGGCCGCGCUACUGGCGGGGCCCCGGGGUGCCACCGGUCGCCUGCUAAGCGCCUCGGACUUGGACCUCAGAGGAGGGCAGCCAGUCUGCCGGGGAGGGACACAGAGGCCUUGUUAUAAAGUCAUUUACUUCCACGAUGCUUCUCGAAGACUGAACUUUGAGGAAGCCAACACAGCCUGCAGGAGGGAUGGGGGCCAGCUCGUCAGCAUUGAGUCUGAGGAUGAACAGAGACUGAUAGAAAAGUUCAUUGAAAACCUCUUGGCGUCUGAUGGUGAUUUCUGGAUUGGGCUCAGGAGGCGUGAGGAGAAGCAAAGCAAUAGCACAGCCUGCCAGGACCUUUAUGCGUGGAUGGAUGGCAGCACCGCAACAUUCAGGAACUGGUAUGUGGAUGAGCCUUCGUGUGGCAGCGAGGUCUGCGUGGUCAUGUACCAUCAGCCGUCCGCACCUGCUGGCGUCGGGGGCCCCUACACGUUCCGGUGGAAUGAUGACCGAUGCAACAUGAAGAACAAUUUCGUUUGCAAAUAUUCCGAUGAGAAACCAACAGCUCCUUCUACAAAGCCUGGAGAUGAAGGAACAGGGCCAGCAACACCCAUGCUUCCGGAAGACACGGGAAAAGAAGAUGCCAGAGAGACAUUUAAAGGAAAUGACGAAGCUGCCUUGAAUCUUGCUUACAUUCUGAUCCCCAGCACCGUCCUUCUCCUUGUGGUCAUCACGGUUGUGUUUUGGGUUUGCAUCUAUAGAAGGAGGAAACGGGAGCAGCCAGACCUCAGCACAAAGGAGCAGCACACCCUCUGGCCCUCUCCUCACCACGGGGACAGCCCAGACCUAGAGGUUUACAACAUCAUCCGAAAACAAAGUGAAGCCGAUUUAGCUGAGACCCGGCCAGACCUGAAGAACAUUUCAUUCCGAGUGUGUUCGGGCGAAGUCGCUCCCGAUGACAUGUCUUGUGACUAUGACAACAUAGCUGUGAACCCCUCCGAAAGUGGAUUCGUGACUCUGGCGAGCAUGGAGAGUGGCUUUGUGACCAAUGACAUUUAUGAGUUCUCCCCGGACCGAACUGGGAGGAGCAAGGAGUCUGGGUGGGUGGAAAAUGAAAUCUAUGGUUAUUAGGACACAUGAGAAACGCUUGAACAAACGGGAACGGGGAAGAAAAGAGGAGGCAGCUUCUCCUGUUUUCUAUGAGGAAAAGACUCAGAAUGUCUAUGAAAAUGCUCAGAUCAGGUCGUGGGGUGAGCAUGUGAUCUCCAUUAGCCCCUGUUGGAUCCCUAAGUUUGGCCAUAUCCCUUAUCCCAGCUUCUCACCCAGAUCAAGCUUAUGAGAAAGCACCUUGCUCGCGGUCAGGUAUGUAGUAGAAAAUAAAUAUCAAUUGAUGGGUUAUUU